AUGGCGCUCUUUGGACGCAGAGCCCGAGCCUCGCCAGGGGGCACCAACGGCACGACGACGACGACGAAGCGUCGAGGCUUUGGAUUUGGCCGUGGUGGUCGUGCGAACCGUCGUCAGGCGUACGCGAUGCACAUACGUCCCAGCUUUGGACAGUGGCUCAAGGUGACAUGGCUGGAUAUCCUGACCAUGGUGGCUAUGGGCGCUAUUGGCCUGGGUGUCUACGAAGCCAAGCCUGCACCGACUCGAUCGUUCCCCGUCACCUUUUCUGACGGCGAGAUUGUCUGGCCCGAGUUUGGCUACCCCCUCCGCAAGGAGAUUGUCCCCAUCUGGCUCGCCGCGUUCCUCGCCGCCAUCAUCCCCAUUGCCGUCAUCCUGGCGAUGCAGAUCCGCAUCCGCUCCUUCUGGGACGUCAACAACGGCGUCAUCGGCCUCUUGUACUCGCUCAUCUCCGCGGCCGUCUUCCAGGUCUUUUGCAAGUGGCUCAUCGGCGGCCUGCGCCCUCACUUCCUCGACGUGUGCAAGCCGGACCUGAGCCACGUCACCAGCCAAGGCCUCGACAGGAGCGGCUUCACGCAAAUCUACUACACGCGCGACAUCUGCACCGGCGACCCGGACGAGAUUGACGACAGCCUGGAGUCGUUCCCCAGCGGCCAUACGACGGCGGCCUUUGCGGGCUUUGUGUUCCUGUACCUGUACCUCAACGCCAAGCUCAAGGUCUUCUCCAACUACCACCCGGCCAUGUGGAAGCUCAUUGUCAUCUACGCGCCCAUCCUCGGCGCGGUGCUCAUCGGCGGCGCACUCACAAUCGACGAGUUCCACAACUGGUACGACGUCGUGGCCGGCGCCAUCAUCGGCACGGCCAUGGCCUUUUCGGGAUACCGCAUGACGUACGCGGCCAUCUGGGACUGGCGCUUCAACCACAUCCCGCUGAACCGCGGCGUGGCGUUUCCGUACAUGGCCGGCAACGGCGAUUUGUUUGGCGCGACGUUUACGAGGCGCGUGGGGUGGGGGACCGAGAGCUUUGCGGGAGGCGGAGCUGGCGUUGGGGCUGCUGGAGUUGGAUCUGGGGUUGCUCAUGACAAGAUGGGACACCAUCACAAUGGCGUGAAUGGCCAUGAUGGUGUUGGGGCGAUGGGAGUCAAUGGACACCAUGCGAAUGGGGUGAAUGGCGAGUAUGCGAACCCGACGGUGCCGAGACGGGCGGUUGGGGGGACGAUGCAUCCUCAUGGCGAUCAGAUGGUGUAA